GCCGUUUGUCAUUAAAAUCAUUAAACAGAAUCUGAUUCUGAUUAGUGAUUACCAUAAAUAAUAAUAGGUUAACCUAAGAUUAUGUGAAAUGGUAGUGAAAUAAAUUCUUCGCAAAUUUACUGUAAACAUGUGUGAUGCAUGUUCCGAUUUUCUUCAGUUGCUUAUUUCUUAUGAAGCAAAUUUGUGUAAAGAAAUCAACGAACAGCCCACAUUAACACGGCAAGAUAUUAAUACAAUACUGGUUUAUGUGCAGGCAUGGGUCUCCAGGCAAUGCAUGUGUUGUUAUCGGGACCAAAAAAAUUUAGAACGUUUCAGUUGUAUCACGCAAGGAAUUUUAUAUCUUACAAUAUUACAUCUAAAGGAGCUAGGUGAUUCUAGUACAGACUCGGAUAAGAAAGACAAUGAUCCCGAAGAUAGAGUUAAGGCAGAGGAGAAUUCAGCCGACGUCCAGGAAAGAGAUAAAUUAUUUAUUUUGGCAUCGAAAAUAUUUCUACUGAAUUUCCCGCUUUAUGUCGCUUUCAAGCAUACGGCGACAAACAAAAUUGAUGAUUUAACUCAGCACGAGAUUCAAAGUUUAAAUUCGUUUUGUGAUCUUCACGAUUCCGAAAUACCGUUGUAUUUGUUAAGGAAUGUCACAUUAUUUUGCAAAUUGGGCGGUUUACACGUGAUGACUGCCUGUUUUACUUUCUUGUCGCCCAGUGAACUACCUGUGUCAACCGCUCAUGCGAUGAUUUCAAUAGUGUGCAAUUUGAAGUUGUGGAUGAAUUUUAAAAGCACAGUUUCUUUAUUGGUUCCUCUGCGGUCUUGUGUACUUAGGUAUAUGUGCAAAUUAUCAGAUCAGGACUUACGCACCCCCACAAUAAAGGGCAUGGCAGAUUUCAUGUGGAAUGUUAUCAAAGAUCCGUUGGACACACCCAUGGCUUUUGAUAUCGACGGCCUCGACUUGGCAUUCAAAUAUUUUACGUCGAGUACCUUAACGAUGCGACUGGCUGGUAUAACGCAAAUAAAUAAUCAAAUAGGUGUCUUGGCAGAGUUGUGUGUUGGUGAAACGUUACCGGAAGCCGAAGCGGCGCCAAGGCAUAUGGCUGAUUGGCUGAUCAACAAUAAUAUCAUUGUUCACAUAUUUGGUCCAAAUUUACACGUGGAAGUUAUUAAACAGAGUCAUAUUGUACUGAAUUUCCUAGCUAUGCAAGGACGGAUUACUUGCGAUCAUAUUGACACAAUAUGGGCUGCUGCCCAACUUAAACAUUGUUCGAAAACUAUUCACGAUUUGUUACCUGGCCUUGUAAAGCACUUAUCGGCAGCACCUGCGUUACAUCUGUACAGUCUACUGUUUAAAAUGGAACCAAAGGAUCACACAGAGCAGACACUAUUUUUGGCAUCAGCUUUAAGUAAAUUUAUAUGGACAAGGGGAGGCGCGGGAAUUGACGCCGGUUUAAUCGGAUUGGCAGCAUCGGCGGCCGGAAUCGCGUUGCAUAAAUGUCCGAGUUCGUCAGAAAAUAGCGUUAGCAUGGAGCCAAGUAGCGAAGAGGAUCACGGGGACAGUUCGGUUCAGUCGGAUAGUCACAAAUCGGAAAGCGAAGAUAUCGAUGGAGUCGAACUUGAUGAGGAAAUGGAAGAUCCUCCGAUCGUGGUCGAUGCCGAAGAUUCGCCGUGUAGAGUAGCUAGAAAAGGUUUAAAUUUAAAUGAUAAUAAAGCGUUGUGUGAUGGAAGUAGCAGCGAGUUUGAAAUGGAAGGGGAUCCACUUAAAGUUGUACCUAUCAGGAAAAAUCAGGGGUCUAUUAUUUCCAAUCGAAUUAGGGGAUCAAAGCGGCAAAUAUGCCAAUUAAGAAAAAAGGUAGAUGUCACAGUAUUGCCGGAAGGUGUCGAAACAGUUAAUUCAAGUAGUUCUCAUGAUGAGGCUGACAUUGCUUGCCCGUUCACAAGGAAACGUCGGAAACUAUUACGUAAGACUAGGAAUAAAGUUUUUAAAGCGAAAAAAAGUAAGCAACCUCAUAAUGUGGCGAAUGUGGAAGUGCUGAGCGAAGUUGAUGCUGAUAGCGAGCACGAUCUUAAAAAUUCAAGUUUAAAGGAUGCAUCUAGUAUUAUUUUGGCUAACGAAAACAAUCGUCUUGUUGAAGCGGGACUUAAAGAAGCGGUCUUUUUGGAAGAUAGUUCGUCUUGCAGCGAACUCAGCAAAGAUACACAUGGUUUGGAAGGCCAUGAUGCCACCUGCGUUAAUUCCUUGUUAACUAUUCACCCUCGAGCAUCUGAACAUAUUUUGGAAUUAUUGAGUGGAGAAGAAGCCGAAGCGGAAGGCGACGCAGAUGGAAGUUAUUCUUCAAGAAUGAGUACAAAGUCUGAAAAAAACAUGGCAGACUUUGAUGGCGAGGACUCUGUUUGUGAAGAGGAGCUUGCACAGUUAGCUGAACAUGCUCAACUAAACCUUCACACCUUAGCCAACCAGUCUUCUCCAGAAAAAUCACCAACUCACCUUGAUCCAAAACUUUCGGCCUGUUUUCAAAUCGAUAAUGUCUGUCAGCCGGGAAAUACUUUACUUUGGGAUUUGGUACAGGAUAAUAAAAUUGGGUUAUUGAGCGAGGGACUCGCAUUGGAAGCCGAGAAGACGCUAUGCAAUUUAUUAUGUUUUAAUACGGAUCGUCUCAUUAGAAUGAAAUUUAUUGAAGGCUGCCUGCACAACUUGGCGAAUAAUGUAUCUGUAAUAGUGUCACUACGUUUACUACCAAAGUUGCUAACAUCAUUCCAACAGUUUCGCGGGUUAGAUAUGCACCAUAUCACACACUGGGCGGAACGUCAACACCACAUGAUGGCCCACUUUUUUAACAACUUAAAGACGUAUUCGGCCGAACCAUCGAAAGCGUUACCGUUAUACUCCCAUCAAAUGCAAGUUCAGGUACGCUUACAUUUUCUGUCGGCCGUAUUCUCUCCCCUUGGAUCACCCCAAACCUUUAAAUUGAAUUUACAACAAGUUGAUACACUUUGGGAAUGUCUAGCACACGACCCUGAAUGUUCAGACGAACUCUUUAGUUGGUUACUAUCGCAAUGCAAGAGCUCCGAGUUGCAUGCAUUAGGAAACGCCGCACUUAAGCGGCUAUACGUUAUACACUUGCCCAGUUUGCCACCUGAACACUUUAGUAUGACAUGUUUGAGUCUGUUUCAACAACUCUGCAAUCUCGCCCGAAUUGCCACGGCCAACAUGGACACACACGGUCAAGAUGGAUACGUCGUCGGAAUGGAUCAUAUGUGGAAAAUUGCGUUGUGCGCGAAUAAUACCGAUGUUAGUAUGGCAGCGAUUCAGUACUUAAAUAGUUACUACAUGGGUCAAAAUUUGCAACACGAAGGUCAAUUCGUAUGGCAAUGCAUGACACAUUUAGAUGCGGCCACACAAGAUCUCAUCGGUGCAAAAGGUUCUGGCGCCGAAGAAGCGCCAUUACUUUGCAUACAAAGAGGCCUCCUAUUACUUAAGACGCACAUGGAAACAUUUCGCCGGAGAUACGCGUAUCACCUGCGCCGAUGGGAUUUAGAAGGAAAGGGCGUUGGCAGUCAUUCUGCUUUAGGCGAUCGAUCCUCGGUUCUAAUCAGGUUGAUUAUUCAGCAUGCGGGAAUGUCCGAAAGAUGCGUGUUAGAUUUGCUCAAUUCGGAUUACAUUGCCGAUCUUCGGGCGGAAGUAGUCACAUGGUGGGAGAAACUAUGCCAGAUGAAAAAUUCGGAAUCACACGGUAGAUCGAAUAAUUUGGCGCUUCUCCAGGAAGGAUUCAUACGAAUUAUAACCCAAGGACAAGAAUUAAGUACGGAUUGUGAUGAAAAGACGUUAGCCGAAAUGGGGUUUAAGGAUAAUCAAAUGAUUUAUAUACAAAUUGGUGCAGGGCGUGGAAUAAAGAAACGCGAUUGCAUGGAUUCGCCAUCCCUGCAGCCGCCUCCUCCUCGAGAGUCAAUCCCCACGCUUCUGUUAUUAAAAACAAACUACUUUGAGCAACUUUUCGAUUUAAUGCAUAUCUUAAGUUCCAUGACAACAACAAUGAAGGGUGGUCACGAAAUUCCGCAUACAAAGGCUCAAGUUCUUAGUCGACGAGUCUGGGAUAUCCUCAGCCUAUUACCUACAAAUCCCACCCUGUUGCAAGGCUUUCAACAAUUGAACAUGACUCUUAGUGAACUGUUGGAUCCGUCCAGUCCCCAAAAGUUAAUGUAUUCGAUUUACAUUGUCGAGUCGCUCAGUAUUAAAACAAAUUGUGAGAAAGGAGACGUAAAGCGGCAAGAGCCGUGGAGUCAAGUUUUCAUACAGCAAGGCGGUCUUAGACAUCUUUUUGAUAUUUUUAUGUCAGGUGUACUGCAACAGUCGGCAGACGAUGGGAGCGAAUGGCAACAGGAUUGCUUAGCGUCACUUUUAAAACUUUUAUGUCAUUUAGGUGUCGAACCACUUCUGCAGGAUGUUAGACCUAGCAGAUCUGAAAAAAUUAUUAUACCCAGUUUGAACGAGGCGUUAUUGUCCAUGAUGAAUGUGAAGGAAACGAUGCCACGGUUAACCAGUAUUUUACAAGAGGUAUCUCUGCCUAGAGAUCCAAAUUAUUAUAAAACUGGUUUUUGGGGCAGAGCUCAGGUUGUGCAUUAUGCGAUGGCUUUGCUAGUUUCAUGGUUGCACUGUAGUGAAGAAGCUAAACAGGCCUUGUUUCAAACUCCAAAUUUUUCUGUUUGGUUACAAAGAUUGGUAUUGGAAGAUCCUGAACCUGCGGUCAGGAGAGAGGUGUGUUCAGCUCUAUACAGAUUAUGUUUAGGAGUGUCGAGUAGGACCGACGGAAUCGACACCAACUUAGUUGCACCAAUGUUAUCCCAAUUGUUAAAUUACUUGAGUGUUGCAGAAAGCAUGCGACCUCAAAAAGUAGAGAUUAUUCAAGCUCCUGAAGAGGGGAAGGAACCGUACGGGCCUGCAUGCAGAGACUACUUUUGGUUACUAUCGCGAUUGGUUGACGGCCUACCUAACGAGAUUGUAAAAGAAAGUUUAGAUGAGCCGAACAACUGUGUGGUUGACAUUAACGCUCUUACUGAAAAAAUAGCGGUUUCUAUACUAACCAGGGACUAUCUGGAAACUCGUCACAGAACAAUUGACGAUGACGGACUGGUUGGACUUUUCAAUUUAUUAGCAAACUUAUUAAAACAUCGACCACCCUGUCAAAGUAAUAAACUUGGCCAGGAUUGGUUGAGUAAAAUUUUUGAUUUUCUUUUCGAAUUGCCUAAUCCCAAAAUGCGCCACGUGCCGAAAUGCAAGUCGGCGCGAUCAAGAACUGCAGCGUUUGAUUUGUUAGUCGAGCUAGUAAAAAAUGCGCCCAAGAAUUACGCAAUUUUGCAUGAGAAGCUAUUAAAACAGCACCAGCCUGGUCCUAACUCACCGUAUCCCUGGGAUUAUUGGCCACACGAAGAUGGACGAUCGGAGUGCGGAUAUGUAGGUUUAACAAAUUUAGGUGCUACUUGUUAUAUGGCGUCUUGCAUGCAACAUUUAUACAUGAUGCCUCAAGCCCGUAUUUCAAUACUCUCCGCGAACACUGAACACUCUAAACAUGAACCUACUCUUAAGGAAUUACAGCGUAUGUUCGCCUACUUGUUGGAAAGUGAGAGAAAGGCUUACAACCCAAGAAGCUUUUGUAAAGUGUACACUAUGGACCAUCAACCUUUAAAUACGGCCGAACAAAAAGAUAUGGCUGAGUUUUUUAUCGAUUUAGUUAGUAAGUUGGAAGAGAUGACACCUGCCUUGAAGAAAGUUAUUAAAACUCUGUUCUGUGGUGUUAUAAGUAACAAUGUUGUAUCUUUGGACUGUGAUCAUGUUAGUAGAACUUUAGAAGAAUUUUAUACAGUGCGCUGCCAAGUCGCCGAUAUGAGAAACUUGUACGAAUCUUUGGAUGAGGUUACCGUAAAGGAUACGCUUGAGGGUGACAAUAUGUACACUUGUUCUCAAUGCGGGAAAAAGGUGCGAGCGGAGAAGAGGGCGUGUUUUAAAAAAUUACCUCAAAUUCUAUGUUUCAAUACGAUGAGGUAUACGUUUAACAUGUUAACUAUGCUUAAGGAGAAAGUAAACACCCACUUCUCGUUUCCAUUGCGGUUAAAUAUGGAAGGUUAUGUUGAAAAGCAGCUAAUGCCACAGCAAUAUCAAGAAGAGAAAUUGAAUUCAAAUGACUUUGAGGAAGCGGAACAGUAUGAGUACGACCUAAUCGGAGUUACAGUCCACACGGGUACCGCUGAUGGCGGUCACUAUUAUAGCUUUAUUAAAGAUCGAACCGCUGGCGCGCGCGAUAAGUGGUUUCUCUUUAAUGAUGCCGAGGUGAAGCCGUUCGAUCCCAAUCAGAUUGCCGCCGAGUGUUUCGGGGGGGAGAUGACAAGCAAAACAUAUGACAGCGUCACAGAUAAGUUUAUGGAUUUUAGUUUCGAAAAAACAAAUAGCGCCUACAUGUUAUUUUAUGAACGUUGUCCCAAACCGACCGUCCCUAUGGAAGGUACGGAAUGCCAGUCGACAGCUCUCGAAUCGGAAUUAAAUAGUAUCUCACCGGCGUCUCCUACCCCAACCACUUUUGAGCUUAGCAAGGAACUUGAAGAUUGGAUCUGGGAGGAUAAUAUGCAUUUUAUACAGGACAAAAACAUAUUCGAGCACACCUACUUUAACUUUAUUUGGCAAAUUUGCGGUUAUAUUCCUCAGACGAUUUCGCCGAUACAGCCCGAAAUUACUCAAAAGGCCGCUCAGCUCUCAACUUCUUUUUUUAUUGAAACAUUUAUUCAUGCCAAAGAGAAGCCUACAAUGGUGCAAUGGGUGGAGCUUGUUACAAAGCAAUUUAACGCUAGCCAGGAUGCCUGCAUUUGGUUUUUGGAGCACAUGGUGGACGAUACUUGGUGGCCGAUGCAGGUAUUACUAAAAUGCCCCAAUCAAAUGGUACGACAAAUGUUUCAAAGGUUGUGCAUUCAUGUUAUUCAACGGUUAAAACCGUCACAUUCCAGUCUGUACUUAAGUGUAGAUAGUGUACUGGAUCAAGAUAAGAGAAUUGAUUUACCGGAAGGCGGCAUAAAAACCGAACUGAUUGGCAAUGCCUCCUGUGUCACUAAAUUUGUGAAAACCUUACUUUCUCUCAUGGAACAUGGCGCAAAAGCACAUUUGAAACAUUUAACGGAAUACUUUGGCUUUUUAUACGAAUUUAGCCGAAUGGGCGAAGAAGAGUCAAAAUUUCUCCUAGUAGCAGGCGCUAUAAAUACCAUGGUGCAUUUUUAUUUAGGGCAGAAGGCGCACGAUUUUAUUGACGUGAGUGAUGGAGAAGAGGAAGAAGAAAUCGUUUCACUGCCAACUGACAAAUACAAACCCGCCUCGUUGGAUAAAAUGAUUACGCUUAUAGCAUCAUUAGUUGAAAAAAGUAGAGAUGUAGAUCUGAAAUUACGUCUCUGUUCUAAAGAUUACAAUGCAGUAGCUGGCGGCAAAGGGUUUCCCUUUCUAUAUCAGCAAAUCAAGGAUAACAUCAAUCUGCAGCAGACGCGAAACUUAAUUCACUCACUUUGUAGGGGAAAUGAGAGGUUGGCGACUCAAAUUAUAGAAAUGAUUGCUCAAGCAAUCACUCGCCAUUCUGAUUCUUGCCAACCGUUCUUUAAGCUUCUAACUUUACUAACUGAAUGUGGCACGCAAAACAUUGGCGGACCGUCGGGAUUGCCGUGUUUUACUCAGUUAGUAUUGCAGAGAGUGUGGGAAGCGGCCGAAUCUUGUCCUUACUCUGCGCUUGAUUGGUUAGCUUUACAAGUGACUAGGAGUCGUCUGGUGCAUCAAUGGGUGCUAUCAUGUAUGGAUUCGUGGCUGGAGCACUUCUUGAUGGCUCACUCUCAUCAGCGCGUGCGCAAUGCUGCUGCAUACCUUUUGGUGUCAUUAGUACCGAGCACCCAAUUUCGACAGGGUUUUCGAGCAUCGCAUCGAUUUCGGGAGCCUCAUUUAAACACAGAUGCACAAGCCAUUCUCCAUCAAAUAUACACUGCUCUCCUUCGACUGUUACCGGCAGCAAAGCAUUACACAGACCAUCAACAGCAUGGAACUGUCAAACUUACCACUUAUUUCGCUUUACUUGUGCAUUGUUGCAUAUCACGGUCUGAAAAGUUGAUGUUUGGCCAAUAUUUCUUGCAAUUGUGGCAUUUGUUCCAUCCGAAACUGUCAGAGCCAUCGAUUCCGGCACAUCAUAACAAGCAGGCGUUACUCGCCUUCUGGAAUCAUGUUUGCACUGACUGUCCCGAGAAUAUACAACACAUGCUGCAAAAUGGACAUGUCACAAAGAAUAUAGCAUUUAAUUAUAUACUAGCCGAUCAUGAUGAUCAAGAGAUCGUUCUUUUCAAUCGCGCCAUGUUACCCGCGUAUUACGGUCUAUUGCGAAUGAUGUGUCAACAAUCGCGUACGUUUACAAGACAUUUGGCUCAGCAUCAGAACCUUCAGUGGGCCUUCAAGAAUAUAACGCCGCAUCCGACGCAAUAUCCGACCGCGGUGGAGGAGCUUUUCAAAUUGAUGCAGUUAUUUGUUACGAAGCAUCCGGAUGCCAGUGAAACCGAACUCAGGGAGAUUUGCAGUUUUCGUAGGUCUACUCUUCUCGCAUACUUACAGUGUUUGGACGGCCGUACUAGUUGGGGAACAUUGAUCUCUGCAUUUCGAAUACUGGUCGAUUGCGAUGACGAUCGAUUGUACAUAGUAUACAAUGGUGGUUUACAAAUUGUAUUUGAGUCUUUUCAAAAUUUGCACGUUAUGCUGCACGAAGCUACCGCCUGUCACGUGUCCGGCGAUCUUAUCGAAAUUUUAUCGAUACUACUUGAUAUUGUUAGAUGCGUGCGCAGUUAUAGGGACCCGAAGGAUGCCAGAGGCAUCUUGCUCGCAUACAAAGAUUGGUUGGAAGUAUUACGUAAGCUGGCGUCAUUGCUCAAUACGUACAAUCCUUCAGAAAUGCGUUUGUUGUGCAUUGAGAUUCUCAAGGAGUUUAUAUCGAUAAUGCCAGGAGAAGUAAUGCAAAUUUUGGUUCCCUUGCUUUCACACUGCCAUUCUGCAUUUCAAGAUAGUCACGAUUCCGCUGUCCCUUUGGGCCCCUACUUUCCACGUCGAGGUCAUCAGUUACCCCCAUCCACAGGUAAAGGUGUUACUAGACCUUUAAGACCGAUGGUGCAGAUGACUGUCCCUCACAGUCAGUUGGAGUGUAGCAGGGGUGUUGACCCUGAAUACGAUGAAGCUUUAGAUAAGUUCUUCACACCAUAUCACGAAUUUAUAGACAUGCUAUGUAGAUUAGCAGUGAAAUCAGAGUCACUGUCUGAAAUUGUUAUCACAUUAAGCGCACUUGUUGGCGUUGAAGCAGUUCCUCUUCACUCCACUUUCUUUCCAAAAUUAUGGCUUGACGUUUUAAGAGUACAGCAUAUGGACAGAAAGUAUUCCUCCAUGUUGACAUCCUCGAAUUACUUCGUCGAUUACAUCGACGCCAUUUUGUUGGACGAGCGGUCGUCCCUAACUGUUGAUGUAAUCUACGAAUUUCUCAUCACAUUCUUUCCUAAAGUAUCUGCCCACGUUCUAUCGGAACAGACUUUAACAAUGAUAGACAAUACAGUAGUAGGUUUAAGUGAGCAAGUAAAUUCGGUCGACCUGAAGAAAACCGCCAAACGUUUAGCGGGCGAUAUACGUGCAUUAGUGUUAGUUUAUAGUAGUCCAGAGGCCGUACCUCCGCCAUUACUAACAUCGACACUUCGACAACUUUGUGGGAGAGUGCAAGCUGAAAUUGUAGCGCUGGAGCCUCCUUUGCAACUAUCGCCAUCUACUAGUCAGUCGGAUAAUAAUAAAAGUCACGGUAAUAAAACUGAUAGUGAUAGUGCAAUUGUACCAAGUACCUCAACAAAUGAAGGCACUUCUUCACAAAUCGAACAUCACAAAUCUGAGAAUGAUAGUGUCGAUAGAAACGAAAGUGAUUCGGAAACCCAAAAUACGAGCAGUAGUGAUGACAGUAUUGAAGAACAGAAAUCUCAAUCCAGUGGGCAGUUAGAAAAUUUAAAGUUGUUAAACGCAUCCAUCGAAGCUCUUCUGAACAUUGUUGAAAAGAAAGGAUAAGACCAAUAUGCUUUUUUUAAAUACAUCGGAAUAAAGAAUGUGUUUAGUAUUAGUCGAGCGACAAUGUGUGGUUUUUUUAAAAAAAAAGCUCCUAAUUAAAUAUUAAGGAAUUUUUUUAUAGUUAUUUUUUAUAAAUUUUCAGUUUGCUGAUGUUGCUGUUGCGGAAACAGGGUUUGCCAUUGAGUUCAUAUUAAACAUUUAUAUUCUUUUUUUAGUGUAUACAUAGUCAAAAUAGUUAAGACAAAUUUUCUAAUGUAUUUAAUGUUUCUGAGGAAAUUGAAAAUAUUUCUAAUGCUACGUGAAAAUUCAUUUCUUAAAAGACUGUUAAUAAAUUGCUCUGAGAUA